GGUCACACACAGGACCAAGAAGGAGCAGGACCUCAGCAUUUGACCCUUUAUUACAAAUGGAGGAACAUGAAGAUAUUCAAUACUGUUUUCAAGAUAGAAACUCUUCCUGCAGAAAGGCUUUGCUAUGGACAUCUAUCUACAUAACACUGUACAUCUUCUUCUCAUUGAUUUCAGCAGUUACAGUAUUUUUGAACCUACUGGUGAUCAUCUCCAUCUCUCACUUCAAGCAGCUCCACACUCCAACCAACCUACUCAUCCUCUCUCUGGCUGUGUCAGAUCUCCUGGUGGGAUUGAUUGUGAUACCAGUAACGACUGUAGCAAUAAUGGAACCAUGCUGGGGUUUUGGAGAAUAUUUCUGUGUGUUUUAUUUCUACAUCACUUGUUUAUGUGCUUCUUUAUCUCUGGGCAAUUUGGUCUUGAUAUCUAUUGACCGCUAUGUUGCUGUGUGUGAUCCCUUAUUGUACCAGUCUAAAAUAACAAUAACAAGAAUGAUGUGUUGUAUAUCCAUUACCUGGUGGUGUUGUAUCAUAUAUUAUGCUGCUACUGUAAACAUUUUUGUAAAUGUACAGGUACCAAGUAGGUGUUUGAAAGAAUGUUUUAUUGUUGAAGGAGUAACCUGGGGUACUGUAAUUGACCUUGUAAUUACAAUGGUUGUCCCAUGCUCUAUUAUUAUAACACUUUAUAUGAAAAUCUUUGUGGUGGCCAGAUCACAGGCCAGAAAGGUAUUUUCAAAAGAGGCUGCCAGUGUGUUUGGUGUUAAAACUGUACAGGCAAAUAAGUCUGAGAGAAAAGCAACAAAAACUCUAGCUAUUGUUGUUUUCACCUAUCUAAGCUGUUGGAUUCCAUUUCAUUUGUAUUUACUUUUUCUUUUAAUUGACAAUUUAUCAUCAUUCAUCAUCAGCUUUUUGCCACUUCUUAAUUCCUUAAUUAAUCCAAUAAUUUAUGCUUUCUUUUAUCCAUGGUUCAAAGUGACAUCUAAGCGUAUUUUAACUCGGUUGAAGUUAAGGUGUUCAUAGUUCCUAUGUUUUUAUUCAUAAGUUUGACAAACACAGGUUAGAUAUAGUCAUGUUAUACUGUCAUGUUGUAAUUGCCUCAUUCAUGUAACAAUACGCUGACAUUACUUAACGCUGUGUUGUCAUAAUAGAUACAUGUGAUGUUGAUACAGAAAGAUUUGACUGGUUUGGAAAGGAAUGACUUGGAGAAGGCAUAAGAAGGCAUUAGCUUGUUUUGUUAAAGACAUUGUAAUACAUUUGGGGUGUAUAUUCCAAAUGACAAAGUCUCUGGUUGAUGCAUGUUAUUAAUGAUAAAUGGUAUGUAAGAUUUCUGAAAGUACAUUUUGAGGACGUCAUGGAUCAUUCCAUACGUUCUUUAACAUCACCCUCUAGUAGGUCAUAUGAUUGAGUGUAGUCUGGCCCAGGAAUGUGAAAGUGAAUGGAAAGGAUCUGUAGCAACGAACCGCCCUUGCUGUCUCUGCCUGGCCGGUUGCCCUCUCUCCCCUGGGAUUCUCUUCCUCUAACCCAUUACAGGGGCUGGGUCACUGGCUUACUGUUCCUCUUCCAUGCAGUCCCGAGGAGGGGUGCGUCACUUGAGUGGGUUGAUUCGCUGACGUGAUCUCCCUGUCUGGGUUGUUGCCCCCCCCCUCCAGUUGUGCCGUGACGGAGAUCUUUGUGGGCGAUACUCGGCCUUGUCUCAGGAGGGUAGGUUGGUGGCUGAAGAUAUCCCUCUCGUGGUGUGGAGGCUGUGCUUUGGCAAAGUGGGUGGGGUUAUAGCUUGCCUGUUCGGGCCCUGUUUGGGGUAUCAUCGGAAGGGGCCACAGUGUCUCCUGACCCCUCCUGUCUCAGCCUCCAGUAUUUAUGCUGCAGUAGUUUAUGUGUCCGGGGGCUAGGGUCAGUCUGUUAUAUCUGGAGUAUUUCCCCUGUCUUAUCCGGUGUCCUGUGUGAAUUUAAGUAUGCUCUCUCCAGUUAUCAGCUGUGCUGCUGCUCUAGUUUAAUCUGUUCUGCCUGCGGCUAUGGAACCCUGACCUGUUCACCAAACGUGCUACCUGUCCCAGACCUGCUGUUUUCAACUCUCUAGAGACAGCAGGAGCGGUAGAGAUACUCUCAAUGAUUGGCUACGAAAAGCCAGCUGACAUUUACUUUGGAGAUGCUGACUUGUUGCACCCUCGACAACUACUGUGGUUAUUAUUAUUUGACCAUGCUGGUCAUUUUUGAACAUUUGAACAUUUUGUCCAUGUUCUGUUAUACACCUGCAUUGCUUGCUGUUUGGGGUUUUAGGCUGGGUUUCUGUACAUAUAUCAGCUGAUGUAAAAAGGGCUAUAUAAAUACAUUUGAUUUUUUUUAUUGGGUCAUAUGGGACAAAAUGCCUUGAAAAAGUGCAGUAACGUUUACAUGUAAAACACUGCAUGAUAUCAGAUUACGUCCUGGUCUCACUCAAUGGUGUAUUGUAGUAGUUGAUGGUAAAAUGUAAGAAGAUGCAAAUAUGGGUAACCCUUUAUAAACACAUUCAGUAAUAAACCAUUUGUAAGGUAUUUACAGUUUGUUCACCAUGUAUUAUCAUUAAUAUUAAGCCCACAUUAGUUAAAUGUUAGUCAGCUUGGUAUUCUCACAUUUAUAAAUUACUACUAUAUGCAUUAAUGAUUAAACACAACAGUGCAGGAGACCACAGCAGACACUUCAAGCUCAACAUACUGGUUAUGAACACUACCACUACUCUCACUACAUCACUGCUGCUAGGUCAGGGGUCACACCAGAUCAGCUCUGUCAGAUGCUGUUGAGUCUGAAUUUAAUAUAGAGAUUAGUAAGACUUUAUAAUAGCACUUUAUAAUAAACAUUUUAGAAUGCAUUAGUAAAUAGUUUAUUCAUCAAACAUUUAUCAUCUCCCAGAUGUGUUUGAUACAUUGAUACAACCAGUUUGUGCCCAGUGGGUGUAAAACACUGCAGUAAAAAGGUUUGAAAAUGUAGCUUUUUCUUCCCCAGUAAUGAUAAAUGCCCUCUAUAAACUAUUUACCCAUCCAUUCGAAAAUGUUUAUUACAAAGUGCUAUUAUAGAGUAUUACUAAUCUCAAUAUUCAUUCAGACUCAACAGCAUCUGGGAGAGCUGCUCUGGUGUGACCCCUGACCUGAGCUAGUCAUUCAAACAUUCAUAAACAACUUUUAUAGUAUGUAAUAAUGAUUUGUAAGAUCAUUCAUAAGAUGUUUAAUAAAUGUCCUUAUAAACCAU